GUCGGGCAUGAUCCUUUGUCGUUCCAGUCGUUAUCGGUUUCGGCCUUCUGCGUAUGAUCAAGAUGUUAAUGGACUAUCCCGACAGCAAUUGGAGAAAUCGGAGCAGGAAAAGUACGACCUCCAACGGCGGCUCAAGCUCGCAGAGAGCGGUGGCGCGUUCGCCGCGCACAAGGCUGCUACGGACCAGAUUAUCAAGAACCUGCAGCGCGAGAACGCCAUGAUCACCACCGCGUGGUACGACCUCACCAGCCGUCUGCAGAGCAACCACGUCGUACUGCAGAGGAGGCACGACGCACCUCGGAGCUGGUUGAACAAGCAGAGGCAGAUGGUCAACGGUAGGCAGCGCAUCACUGACCCCCCCCCCUUCUCAUCCUCCUCACCUCUUCUCUUCUUCCUUUAUCACGCCCUUGAUGCGGAGCAAUGACUUUGAACCGGCCAUGCUGAUUCGUUAUGUGUUCGAGUGUUUAGCUACGCCGAGGAGAUAGUGGUAUCCGGAGUGUUAGCAGCUUCUUCAUUUGCGGCGCGGUUCCCUCUUUGUGCUCAACAUCUCCUUCUCGUGGGCGGGCGCGCGCGCCGGCAGGCUGUUCUGGUCUUUGCUGAGCAUAGCGUGGGCGUGGGUCUUUUUGCGGGAG